AAAUAAGUUAAAAAUAUAAUUAAAAAUCAAAAAUAUUUUAUGAUUAUGUAAGCUUUAAUAAAUUUAAAAAUAAUGUCAUUAUUGAAAGAAAAGCUGUUGUUUGGUGGAGCAUUGUCAUGUUUUAUUCCUACAAAUUCCCAAGAUGCAAGCAUGAUUAGAGACAUUCCAGACAAUCAAGAAGUCUUUUUACAUGCUUCAAAUGAGCAAAGCAUAAUGAUUGACAUAGUGGAGUACCAAGCUGUUGAAGGUGAAGAAUCGGCCAGAUAUUAUUUUGAAGAUCUUGCAUCAUUGAAUGACUCAUCUGAAAACAAAGUUUUAUGUGUUGAAAGAGUUCACAAAGAAGACACUUGCAUGAAAAUCCAUUCUGAAGCCUGGGCAUUAUCUGGUCAACAAUAUGCAACAAAAUUUAAUGAAAAAACAAAAAAUUUGAUUGAAAUCAAUUUAUUGUUGUAUCGACUACCACAAUUCUCUACUGACAUACUUGUUAUCAUGAAUAGUCCUUUGUGCGUUCAAACAUCAACCAUCGAUAUCUGGACCAAAGAUAUCUUUAAACAAAUGGCUUGUUCGUUAAAUAUUAUAGACUCUACUAUAUUUGUGUAACAUGGCAACAUUUAAAGUUACAAGAUCUUAAUGAAAAGUAUUUAUAUGUAUUAUAUAAUAUUACUGUAUUAAAUAGAUAUUUUCAUUCUUAAAAA